AUGAAGCUAGUUACCAUCCGUCCUACAGACAGUCGUUACACCGUCACUACAACCCAGCGUCGGCCCAACGAUCACCACGAACUUGGUAAUCGCUCAUCCACCCAACAUCAAAGAGUUGGUUCUCCGCGCAGCAUGUCGUGUAAUCUAAUGAGUGGUCAGUUCAGCUGUUCUCCUGACAGCCCUCGACUCCUCGUAACAGCUGCACCAGAACCGGAAUGCAAGACUUCUAAAAUGAAGGAAGGCGGAUCUUUAAAACUAUUGAAUAUGGCAACUAAUGUAAUACAGGGUCCAGAUUCAAAUCCGCUAAAUACAGCGGAAACUGAAGUAGAAAAAAUCAGAUAA